AUGAGAAAGCCCUAUAAUUCCCCAAAGGAUGUGUUUCUAGAGAGCAGCUUGUUCUCCAAGGACCCCCUUGAGCAAUUCAAGCAUUGGUUUGAGGAGGCUUCUUCAAAUCCACAAAUCAAGGAAGCUAAUGCUAUGUGUCUGGCAACUGCAAGCAAGUCAGGUCGUCCUUCUGCUCGGGUGGUGCUCCUGAAAGGAUUUGGUGUGGAUGGAUUCAAGUUCUUCACCAAUUAUGAAAGUAGGAAGGCAGAAGACAUUAAGGAGAACCCACAGGUAGCCUUGUCCUUCUAUUGGGAACCUCUUGUGAGACAAGUGAGAAUUGAGGGGAUAGUGGAGAAGUUGAGUGAGGAGGAAUCCACAGCCUACUUCCAGUCACGGCCCUUAGAAAACCAGUUGGGUGCUUGGUGCAGCCGACAAGGCUCCCCUAUUACAAGUCGAGAUGUUCUUGAAAAAAGAAUGGUUGAACUGAGGCAGGAAUUUCCAGACACCCAAGAGAAGCUACCAAAGCCACCAUACUGGGGAGGGUAUUGUGUCAUUCCAGAUACAUUUGAAUUCUGGCAGGGACAAAGCAAUCGGGUCCACGAUCGAAUUAGGUUUCGUAAGUGCUCAGCUUCAGAUCUAGUUGAUGGAGAUUUGCUUCAUCAGGGAGAGGGUGAUUGGGUUUACGAGAGACUUUCUCCCUAA